UUGGGAUAUGGUUGAAACCCAAAGGCGAACUGACGUUGUUCUAAACUUUUUGGAGACCAACUUGUUGAUCAUAUGUAGGAAGUAUUGAUUUCACUAGAAGCUGAGAUUAGGUUGUCAAAGAAAUAAAAAAAAAAGAAGCUGAGAUGACUUUCCAACUAUCAAUUCCAAGAGUUCUUAUUUAUGUAGUAGUAAUUGGUUUUGUGAGUUUACGACUCGUUUGGUUGGUGGAUUUCAUGAGAGGAAAAGAGAAUCAUUGAUUUUUUUUAGAUGGAAUCAUUUAUCUAAUUCCGUUUAAGUGAGUGUUUGCUUUGUGAAUGUAGGUGACCACACUCAACUGUCUCCUUGCCGUCAGACAGUAUCGUCUCUCUACUGUGUCCUUGCCGUUGGACUGCCCGGCUGCCUCUAGGUAAGCAUGUCUAAUCCUAAGGAGCGCGGAGGUCGAGAUGGCUUAGGUGGAAGCCAAGGUCGUGGGAAAUUGAUUCGCAGGGAGCUUUUUGAGUCACCAGGAGCUCCAGAAAGCCCGAACCUUGGCUCUGAGACACAACGAGAUGAUUCACAGGCACGUGACAUUGGUGACCAUGUACCGGAGACGCCGAGCAGCCAGAGGGAGGAAGCUGAAGGGUCAAACCGUGCAUCAAAAAGGGUUUUGAGCCCUACUGGAUUGUGGUUUGAUGAUAACAAAGUUAGCGGGUCCAUCACUGACAUUUUCCAGGGUCAUUUCCGAGAACCUUGGUUUAACUACCGUGAGGUGGACGAUGCAACAAAGACGCAUUGGUGGAACUCAUUCACGGUAUGUAUGAAUCAAAUUAUGAAGAAUUAA